ACCACCAACUGGGUGCCAACCUGACGCGAUAAGACUAGCUAGGUUUGGGAUAAACCAAGGCUAAAUCUCCAACGACAUGGCGGACGCUCGUUUGAGCGAUAGGGAACUCGCAAAUAUCAAUGCCGCAGCUGUAACGAAGGAAUACCGCGUUCAACCGCACCUCGACUACCGAACUGUAUCUGCUAUCAAUGGUCCUCUGGUGGUCUUGGAUAAUGUCAAGUUUCCGUCUUACAAUGAAAUUGUCGAACUUACGCUACCUGAUGGAUCAAAACGCGGUGGCCAAGUUCUUGAAGUCCAAGGAAAGAAAGCAAUUGUUCAAGUGUUUGAGGGAACUUCGGGAGUUGAUGUUAAGGCUACCCAUGUUGAAUUUACUGGCAGUAGUAUGAAACUGCCUGUCGCCGAAGAUAUGCUGGGCCGUAUCUUCAACGGUUCAGGUAAUCCAAUUGAUCAAGGUCCCAAGGUGUUUGCGGAGGAUUAUUUGGACAUCAAUGGCUCUCCGAUCAAUCCGUACUCGCGCAUUUACCCCGAAGAAAUGAUCCAAACUGGCAUCUCAACGAUUGAUACUAUGAAUUCGAUUGCUCGGGGGCAGAAGAUCCCCAUCUUCUCAGCUGCCGGUCUACCCCACAACGAGAUUGCUGCUCAAAUUGUGCGACAGGCAGGUCUUGUCAAGCGGCCCACGAAGGACGUGCACGACGGACAUGAAGACAACUUUUCAGUUGUAUUUGCUGCUAUGGGUGUGAACAUGGAGACAGCACGCUUUUUCAAAGAAGAUUUCGAAUCUAACGGUAGUCUGGACCGUGUCACCUUGUUCCUAAACCUGGCCAACGAUCCUACUAUUGAGCGCAUUAUCACACCACGACUUGCCCUGACAACUGCGGAAUAUUAUGCUUACCAGCUGGAGAAACACGUACUUGUCAUUCUGACUGACAUGUCGUCGUAUGCAGAUGCGUUGCGUGAGGUUUCCGCUGCGCGAGAAGAGGUCCCUGGUCGUCGCGGGUAUCCCGGUUACAUGUACACAGAUUUAUCAACCAUCUAUGAACGUGCAGGACGAGUGCAAGGCCGCAAUGGCUCGAUAACCCAGAUUCCCAUCUUGACAAUGCCUAACGAUGAUAUCACCCAUCCUAUUCCCGAUUUGACCGGAUACAUCACGGAGGGCCAAAUAUUCGUUGAUAGACAGCUGCACAAUCGACAAAUAUAUCCACCGAUCAACGUCCUUCCUUCUCUAUCGCGUCUCAUGAAGAGCGCGAUCGGAGAGAAGCUCACGAGGAAAGAUCACGGAGACGUGUCGAACCAGCUAUACGCCAAGUAUGCGAUAGGUCGUGACGCAGCCGCCAUGAAGGCUGUUGUCGGCGAGGAAGCCUUAUCAUCGGAAGACAAGUUGGCCCUAGAAUUCCUUGACAAGUUUGAGCAUCAGUUUGUAGGACAAGGCGCUUAUGAAUCGCGAACUAUCUUCGAGUCUUUAGACCUAGCAUGGUCUUUACUACGCAUUUUCCCCAAGGAGCAAUUGAAUCGGAUCAACCCCAAGAUCAUUGCAGAAUUCUACCGCCGCAAACCAAGCAAGAAAGCCACUUCCGGAGCCGAAGUUGAUGGCUUAGAGGAGGAACAAGAGGAGAAACUAAUUGACAUGUAA